AUGGGAAGAAUCCUGAUCACCGGCUCAUCUGACGGGCUCGGCCUACUCUCUGCCCGAGCUCUUAUUAAGCAAGGCCAUUCUGUGGUCCUGCACGCACGGAAUGAGCAACGUGCUCGAGCCGCGCGAGCUGCAUGCGUUGACGCAGAGGCAUGCCUCAUAGCUGACCUCACCGACAUCUCUCAGACCAGGAAACUGGCUGACCAGGCCAACGCCCUGGGAAGCUUCGAUGCCGUCAUCCACAAUGCUGGAAUGUACACCGGCCCGUAUCGAAAGACAAACGAAGGCUGGCCCAGCAUCGUCGCCGUCAAUACCAUCAGUCCUUACGUACUCACCGGCCUCCUGAAGCCUCGGCCCAAGCGAUUCGUCUUUGUUUCGUCGGGUCUACACAAUGGUGGAGAUUCAACUUGCGAAGAUAUCACCUGGGCCAAGCGCGGCGAAGCGGGCUUCAAAGACCAUCAAGCCUACGCAGACACGAAGCUGCACAAUGUCCUACUAGCAGCCGCUCUGGCACGCAAAUGGCCCAGCGUCCAGACCAACUCGUUGGACCCGGGCUGGGUGCCCACCAAGAUGGGCGGGCAUUCUGCCAACGGAGAUAUCGAUGCGGCAAUCGACACAUAUGUCAUGCUGGCUACUGGUGGAGGCGCGGCGAAAGGUGUCACUGGGAAAUAUUGGUUCAAGUGCAAGCCGAAUUCGCCCAUGAAGCCAGCCGAGGACGAGGCGGUGCAGCAGAAGUUACUCGAUGAGCUGGAGGCUGUCACUGGGCUCAAGUUGCCUAGUGAAUGA